ACGAUGGGAAAUGAGACCAGUUACCCGGCGGAGAUUUGCCCCCACUUCGACAGCGAUGAAAUUAAAAGGCUGACCAAGAGCUUCCGGAAGCUGGACGUGGACAAGUCGGGCUCCCUGAGCGUGGAGGAGUUCAUGGCCAUGCCCGAGCUGCAGCAGAACCCGCUGGUGCAGCGAGUGAUCGACGUCUUUGACAUCGACGGCAACGGAGAGGUGGACUUCCACGAGUUCAUCCUGGGGACGUCCCAGUUCAGCCUCACGGGGAACGAGGAGCAGAAGCUGCGGUUCGCCUUCAGCAUCUACGACAUGGAUAGAGACGGCUACAUCUCCAACGGGGAGCUGUUCCAGGUGCUGAAGAUGAUGGUGGGCGACAACGUGAAGGACUGGGAGUUACAGCAGCUGGUGGACAAAACCAUCAUCACGCUGGACCGGGACGGCGACGGGAAGAUAUCCUUUGAGGAGUUCAGCGCAGUGGUCCGGAAAAUGGAGAUCCACAAGAAGCUGGUCGUAAGAGUGUAA